UUUUUGGCUUUUUUUUUUUAGACGGACCGUGACAGCUGCUAAUGUUGCCAUAGCGUACCCCUGGCGAAGUUGGGGCGACAUCGAAGGCAUGCCGCUGGCUCGCAGCCUGUCCGUCACGUCCCUCUCAGGACUGGAGGAGUGGGAUGAGGAGUUUGAUUUAGAGGAUGCCGUUCUCUUCGAAAUUGCUUGGGAGGUCGCAAACAAAGUUGGAGGGAUCUACACAGUCAUCCAGACCAAAGCCCGUCUCACCUCGGAGGAAUGGGGGGAGAACUACUUCCUGGUGGGGCCCUACGUAGAGAGCAACGUGCGCACCCAAGUGGAGCUGAUCGAGCCUUCCAACCCGGCCCUCAAGAGAACCAUUGACAAGAUGAACGCCAGUGGAUGUAAGGUCUACUUCGGGCGCUGGCUGAUCGAGGGAAGUCCUUACGUGGUUCUGAUUGACGUGGCCUUCACCGCCUGGUCUCUGGACCGCUGGAAGAGAGAGCUGUGGGAGAACUGCGCCAUCGGCGUGCCGUGGUUUGACCGCGAGGCCAACGACGCCGUGCUGUUUGGCUUCCUGACGGCUUGGCUUCUCGGAGAGUAUGCAGCCCAGUGUGAGGAACCGCCCCACAUCUUGGCCCACUUCCACGAGUGGCUGGCUGGCCUGGGCCUGGUGCUGUGUCGACAUAGACAGCUCCCUGUAGCGACGAUCUUCACCACACAUGCCACACUACUGGGACGCUACCUGUGUGCUGGAAAUGUGGAUUUCUACAACAACCUUGCUGAGUUCAAUGUGGAUAAGGAGGCAGGGGACAGACAGAUCUACCAUCGGUAUUGUUUAGAGCGGGCGGCCGCACGCUGUGCUCACACCUUCACCACCGUGUCUCAGAUCACAGCCAUCGAGGCGGAGCACCUGCUCAAGAGGAAACCAGACAUCGUCACUCCAAACGGCUUGAACGUGAAGAAGUUUUCAGCCGUGCACGAGUUUCAGAACCUCCACGCUCAGAGCAAGCACCGGAUCCAAGAGUUCAUCCGAGGGCAUUUCUACGGGAACCUUGACUUUAAUUUGGACAAGUGCUUGUUCCUCUUCAUCGCUGGGAGGUACGAGUUUUCCAACAAAGGCGCUGACAUCUUCCUGGAGGCUUUAGCCAGACUCAACUACCUGCUGAGGGUCAAUCACAGCGACGUCACCGUCAUCACGUUCUUCAUCAUGCCGGCACGGACGAACAACUUCAACGUGGAGACUCUGAAAGGCCAAGCGGUCAGGAAGCAGCUGUGGGAUACGGCUCAUACUGUUAAGGAACGCUUUGGGAAGAAACUUUAUGAGUCGCUGCUAGUAGGGCAGCUGCCGGAUGUGUCAAAGAUGCUGGAUAAGGAGGACUUCACCAUGAUGAAGCGUGCGAUCUUCGCGACCCAGAGACAGUGCCAGCCUCCCAUCUGCACCCACAACAUGCUGGAGGACAGCAGUGACCCCAUCCUCAACUGCAUCCGCCGCAUCGGCCUCUUCAACAACGCCUCUGACCGUGUCAAGGUUAUCUUCCAUCCAGAGUUCCUGUCGUCCACCUCUCCUCUCCUCCCAAUGGAUUAUGAGGAGUUCGUGAGAGGCUGCCACCUUGGCGUCUUCCCCUCCUACUAUGAACCCUGGGGCUAUACGCCAGCUGAGUGCACAGUCAUGGGAAUCCCAUCCAUCUCCACUAAUCUGUCGGGCUUCGGCUGUUUCAUGGAGGAGCACAUAGCAGACCCCUCGGCAUACGGAAUUUACAUCCUGGAUCGGCGGUACCGAGGCAUCGACGAGUCGUGCAACCAGCUUACCUCCUUCCUGUUCCAGUUCUGCAAACAGAGUCGCCGCCAGCGUAUCAUCCAGAGGAACCGCACCGAGCGCCUCAGUGACCUCCUGGACUGGAGAUACCUGGGCAGGUAUUACACAUGUGCCCGCCACAUGGCCCUGGCGAAAGCCUUCCCUGAUACCUUCAUAUACGAACCUCAUGAACCCGACUCAGCCACGGGUUUCCGAUACCCUCGACCGGCCUCUGUGCCCCCGUCUCCGUCUCUGUCCCGCCACUCCUCGCCCCGUCACAGUGAGGCGGAAGACAACGAUGACGAAGACGAACGCUACGAUGAGGACCUGGAGGCCGAAAAGGACCGGGUGAACAUUCGCCAGCCUAUUGUCCUGCCACUGAAGAACAAGGCUUACACGGUCAUCGGGGCCAACGGGAAUGGCGACGGGGUCCCUAGCGAGAAAAACUGAUAAGACAUGUACCUUUUAUCUUUAGAAAUUACACACACACACUGAGCCCACUCGUGAAAUGUUCGUUUUGCAACUAUUAUAGUCACCCAUGUUUUCACACACACUUUAUAGGGGACAGCAGUUGAGUAGACACGAGCAUCUCAUCAGCUUGUUUUAAAGUCUUGAGUCACCCUCACUGUCUUCCCGGUCUGUGUACACCUCAGUUUUUUGUUUUUGUUUUUGUUUUUUUGUGAAAUAUCUGCUAGAGGUUAGUGUGUCUUGGUAUUUUGUCAGUUUAAACCAGCAUUUAAACCAGUUGACCUACUGUGUGCAAUAGCUCAAGCGGCUAGAAAGGGCUGAGCGAGAGCUCAAACAGACGAUAAAGAAAACACAAGACAGCUGGAUUUUUUUUGGUAGGGUGCUAACACUGGAUGACGUAGAGCAGGGAUGCCCAAGUCCAGGCCUCGAGGGCCGCAGUGCCUGCGGGUAUUUAUUGCAGCCAUGCACAACUCCGCCUGAUUUGGCCGCUCUGGUGGUAAACCGCCGUUCUUGCAACCCGCUCGUCACGUGGCUGGGAGGUUCGUAUCCCAGAGUCGCCGUAACCGGUCCCGGCCGGAGCGUCCACGGGGUAAGGCAUUCAUUAGGCCACCCUUACCCGAGGGAUAGUGGGUGUAGAUCGGUGUUCAGGGACUCGUCGUUCUCCAGCGACCCCUCUGGCCCAUCCGGGCGCCGGCAGCCAACCGACCGAAAGCG